GUCAUCGACAUCGACAUCGUCGUCGUCCCCACCCUAGUACAAAUUCUCUGUCUCUCUCGCUCUGUGUUGCACAAGUGAGACAAGCUGAGUCUUCGAACGCGGCCAUGUCUCCCUCUCUCAUCCUCGCCGCCCUCUCCCUCCUCCUCCUCCUCUUCUCCGCCGCCGACGCCGCCGCCGCGUCCCCUCUCGCCUCCGCCGCCGGCGACGGCGACGAUGACGACGGCCGGUCGGCCUACGAGGUCCUCGAGGGGUUCAACUUCCCGGAGGGCAUCCUCCCCAAGGGCGUGACCGGGUACGAGCUCGACCGCCCCACGGGGAAGUUCCGGGCCUACCUGGGCGGCUCCUGCAGCUUCUCCCUCGAAGGGUCGUACCAGCUCCGGUACAAGUCCACGAUCAGCGGGUACAUCUCGCAGAACAAGCUCACCAGCCUCACCGGGGUCAGCGUCAAGGUGCUCUUCCUGUGGCUCAACAUCGUCGAGGUCGAGAGGGUCGGGGACGAGCUCGAGUUCUCGGUCGGGAUCGCCUCGGCUUCCUUCACCAUCGACAACUUCUUCGAGUCCCCGCAGUGCGGGUGCGGGUUCGAUUGCGUCGGCGGAGGCGGCGCGAGGAAGAUCAGGAUGAAGGCUCUGGCUUCUUCGAUUUAGGGCUUUGCUCGUCCAACCACCGUUAUGGUAGGCCGCCAUGGUCACAGAGUCCAUCCUGCUACCACCAUCCCCUCUCUUCGAAUCUGUCUCAGCAGCCAUUGUCCUUCUCCUUUUGUCAUCCGCACCUGCUUCUCGAGAUUAGAGAACUGCAACUUGGUGAUCAUUCCAUAACUAGCAAAUUAUUAGCAGAUGGAUUGUGCUUAAUUUUUUAUGUGAGCAACAUCAUCAUCCUCCAACGUUAAGUCACCUAACAGCUUUUGCUAUGGCCUUUAAGUGCACCUAUGAAGCUCGUCGCCAUCAAGGUGGCGACACUUGAUCUAGCUCACCGAUGUGGACAAGCUAAAUCUGGCUUUAGCAUCUUUGUCCAGUGUCGACCACCAUCAACGAUGGAGCUAAAGAUAAGAAACAGAAGUGCAAACCAAGAGAUGGAAAUGAAUGGUGAACCAAAGAGUGAUUGGAGAUGGUGUUAAAUGGUGGCUGGCAGUGAUCAGAGGCUGAGUAAUUGGUUGAAUCUCCGGUGUUGGUGGUGGUCGAAGGUGGCGGUGCCAGCAUGUGGGGGCUGUGUGAUUGACUGAAGGUGGAGGGGACUGAUGAAGGAGGGCGUGGGUCGAUCGGGAUGGUGGUUUGGGUUGAGUUUACAUACAAUGAAUGUUGACGAAACAAACGACUCUUUUGUCCAGGGAAAGAUAUGAUUCGCCGCAAACUAGAAUGGCAGUUUCUGAGCAACAAGUAUUCAAAUUCAUGUCAUUGUCCACCCCGUCUGCCCAACUUUCAUUGUUUGACCGUAUGUCUCGAAUGUUUCGUGCACACUACUUGCUUCCCUAAUGGUGUUUCUGCAAACGGUGCGACAAAACCUGCUUGCGUGACAUCAUACUUCCCUUAUCAGUUGAAUUUACGAUGCGUCACCUGCAUUUCAUAGUACCGCAACUCAAGGAAUUAUAACGUAAGAUUUACAAAAGGCGAGUACGCUACGUACAGAGUCCUAUUACUCGCGACUCACAAGCAAAAACUAACAGAUGGUCCUAGAAUCCCCUAAGCAAGGCCAGGACAAUAGCACACAAGCACAACAGUGGGAUGCAGUGAACUGUUGAUGGCAAUUAGUUGUUCUUCGGUGGAAGAUGCUUUCACAUCAUGACCUAACAAGACCGUUCUUCUCGGACCUCAAAGGACAACCCCCUAGGAAAAGCUGUUCCCAAAAACAUACUCUUCACGUUUAUACAGCUGAUGCUUCCAAAAGCACUGGAAGUUUACAACUUGAAUUGAAAGACUCUUUUGAACGUGCACAGCCGACGACAACAGAGACAGAGAGAAUAUGCAAACGCGUGCGCGCAUGUUGAGGUCAUCGGACCAAGCCCCUUGUUCACUUGUCCCUUAAGCGUUUCCUUUGGGCACAAUGCAAUAGCUGACAGCGACUUCAAGAAAACUCCGCGUGUUGCGAGAUGUCGGGUGUACAAGAUCUAGUGGGCCACGUGAAUCACAGACGCUAAUGAUGCAAAUCCUCGAUAAGCCCCACCUACGAAUAUGAAAAGAUCAGCAGUUGUCAUCGUGUCAUGUUCAUGAAUUCGGUGAGAGACGUCGGAUGCACGUGAUUCAGUGGACUGGGUCAAUUACAACCGCUGAUGAUGCAAAUCCUCGAUGAUCCCCACCUAUGAACACGAAAAGAUCAGAGAUGGCAAUCGCACCGUAUUCAUGAAUCUGGGUCCGGACAAAGUUCCUUCCGGGACAAACUUCACGUGUCACGUACGUGAAAUCUGGCGUUCUAAGUUGCGUAUGCAUAUUCCAAAUCCUAAUUAGAGAAAUAUUAUAUUCAGGCCAGUGCUGGUCGCCUGCGCAGGCAUUAUUCCCAUUUGAAAACGUUUCUCUGCACAGCUGGUCGAAAAAAUAAUGUUAUCUUCAA